AUGCUUUUCACCGUUCUGGUUCGCUUGACCACUUUUCUGGUGUUGGCCGGUCUCCUCGGCCUCACCCAGUCUCCCGACGAGUCGCGCUCCCGUAGCUCUUUCCGAGCAUGGCCUCCCUGGGACUUGACCUUCGACUACGUCGUGGUUGGUGGUGGAACUGCAGGAAUCACCAUUGCAUCACGCCUAGCGCAGAAGGGAUUCACUGUUGCCGUACUUGAGGCAGGUGACUAUUACGAGUCCACUCAUCCAACUUCUCGUGUGCCUGGGGCUGCCGCCAUUGGCAUCGGCGCCGACCUCAAGACCGCAACCAAUAUCGAUUGGAAAUUUGUUGCACAAGCCGUACCAGGAGCAGGCAGUCGUGACAUUCAUUACGCCCGAGGAAAAUGUGUGGGAGGCUCUCCCCCUCGUGGCGCGAUGGAUAAGUGGGCAGAGGCUGUCAAUGACCCUAGCUAUCGGUUUGACAACGUCCUUCCAUUUUACCAGAAGACCGCGAGGUUCACGGAGCCGGACCCUCAGUCAGGCAAUGCAAACACUCCUUACAACAAGUCUGCCUUCUGGGAGAGUGGUUCGCCGUUGCAUGUUUCAUUCCCCCGAUAUGCAAUGCCAUUCUCGAGAUGGGUCAGCAAGGGUCUGACUGCAAUGGGGAUUCCGGAGGCAGAGGACUUCAACAGCGGCACACUGAUGGGCCAUCAAUUCACCAUGAUGACAAUCCGCCCGUAUGAUCAAACCAGAAGCAGCUCUGAGGCUGCCUUCCUAUUGUACGAUAACCAUGUGGAGAAGAUGACCAUUUAUCAGAACACCUUAGCCAAGAGAAUCUUGUUUGACAAGAACAGGCGGGCCAUCGGAGUCAGGGCAAGUCAGUGGUGGGACUUCACAGUCAAAGCAAGAAAAGAAGUAAUCAUCUCAGCUGGUGCUUUUCAGUCCCCGCAACUUUUGAUGGUGUCAGGAAUCGGUCCCGCAAGUACCCUUCGCGAACACGACAUUCCAGUGAUUGCAAAUAUACCAGGUGUUGGUCAGAACAUGUGGGAUCAUGUCUUCUUCGGUCCAUCCUACCAGGUCAAAGUCAAUACCUUCAGCAUGCUGGCACAAAGCACAUUCUGGUUUGCGGAGCAGCUAGCCAGCUAUGGCAUCUUUCACAAUGGUAUGUUGACAAACCCUUCGACGGAUUAUCUAGCAUUCGAAAAGAUCCCCUCUCCAUGGCGAGCGUCUCUAUCCGCCGAGGCUGAACGCGAUCUCUCCUGGUUUCCCGAUGACUGGCCCGAGGUCGAGUAUCUUGCAGCAUCUGCCUACGUGGGGAACUUUUCCGACCCCUACAACCAGCAACCUGAAUGGCCCAAUCAGUACGCCACAAUAAUCGGAUCCCUCACUGCUCCAACAUCCAGGGGCAAUGUGACAAUUCGCUCCGCCAGCAUGACUGACCUCCCAAUCAUCAAUCCAAAUUGGUUGGACACAGAGGCAGAUCAGAAAAUUGCACUUUCAGCAUACAGGCGUGUCCGAGAUACCUUCCAACACCCUGCGAUGAAAGAAGUGGUCGUGGGACAAGAGUAUUUCCCCGGCAUGAAGCAUCAAUCCGAUGCAGAGCUACUCGGUAUAAUCAGGAAAACAGCUAUGACAAUCUUCCACGCCUCUUGCACAUGCAAAAUGGGCACCCCAGAUGAUCCUUCCGCCGUUGUCGACAACCUGGCCCGAGUCAUCGGAUUUCCGAACCUGCGAGUUGUGGACGCCAGUGCGUUCCCUAUUUUGCCGCCGGGUCAUCCCCAGUCAACUGUUUACAUGUUAGCAGAGAAGAUCGCAGACGAUAUCAUUAACCACUCGCCAUAA